AUGUACGUUUGCAACCCCCUCAUGUGGGGUGCAGCGGACUGUCUUAAGGUCCGCACCUCUACCGGCGAGCCCCCGAAAGCCCUCUUCAUGUCACGCAUUGGUAUCGAGAAUGAGGACGCCUAUGGCACUCCCUCUAUUUCCGCCUACCUCGAAGCGCACGUUGAUGUCUUCAGCCCGCAUCCCGACGGAAAUGGAGAGCAGAUCAAAUAUUUCCUUUCUGUCAUUCGAAAGAGAGUGGCAAUCUACAUUGCGCAGCGCAAUGGCAGCCGUGGGAUCGCCCGUGGCAAAAUCAACAUGGAACUCCGCAAAGGCAACCGUUUCCUGAAGACUGUCAUUAAGAAGGUACUGGGCGCGUCCAGCAAGGACUUCGUCCAUAUAGAAGCCUCUGUCGAGGACGAAGAAACGACUACACCCAUCUUCAAGAGCUCACGACCUUCUCCAAGGAGCGUCAAGGAGGACAGCAUGCUAUCUGUUGAUGAGGUCAAGGUACUCUUGCACAGGCCCUCGUGCGAGCCUCUCAUCUAG